GUUAUUUAGCACUACCCCUUUAGAAUUUCUAGAGCUUUCCAGCAAAGAACAUUUCAUUACCGUAUCCUCGAUUCCACCUCUCUGCUCAGCAGCUCAUCGUGAAAUCGAAAAAGAACGUGAAAGCUCUUGGUCUUGAUGUGAAGUGUACAUUCUUAAUUGUUGGAGUUCAACAAUGGCAACAAAGUACAUCAUUGGUUCAGUUUUGGGAUCAUUUGCAAUUGCAUAUGUUUGUGACGUCGCUAUUGCAGACAAGAAGCUGUUUGGAGGUACUACUCCACAUACUGUUGCAAACAACGAAUGGUGGAAAGAGACGGACAAAAAAUUCCAGGCAUGGCCUCGCACUGCUGGUCCGCCAGUGGUUAUGAAUCCCAUCAGCCGCCAAAAUUACAUUGUCAAGUCUUGACGGAUGAUAUUCGCUCCCGUGCUGGAUUAAGUUGCUUGGUCUAAGUUUCCUUUCAAGCAAAGUUGUGUGAUAGUUCGAUUGUAAUAAAUGUUUCUUCAGUUUGUGCACCUAUGUGUACUAUCUUGUAUCAGUUGAAUCAACUAUGAAGGAUACAUGAUCAAAUGGAUAAGAUUAGCUACUUAUGUCUUGACUUAUAUAUAUGUUGAUUCUCUGCUUUGUGUGUAA